UUCAAAAACUCAUAAAUAAAGCCUUCGGAAAUGAUUAUAUCGAUGAUGCACGGCUUCCGCAGGCUCUAGAACUAACGUUAGAAAUCUUAGAAGAUUUCACAAAUUAUAAAAAAAAAACAGCUGAAGUACCACCAAUAAUUCACUUACCUCUAUAUAUCAAGCUAAUGCCAACACCUAAGUCUGUCAAGUUAGAGCAGCAUCGUGAUAGUACUAACGGAAUAUAUGAUUAUAAUGAAGAGGGUAAAAUGGCCAGAGAAAGAGAGGGUACCGUGAUUGUAGAAGAAGCAAAAAG